UCAGUUCAGUACUCCACAUCUAAUAUCUUCACGUGCUUUUCUUAUGCUCGUUCUGUCAAGCUCUGAUCUUGCUUUUUAUUAAUUGUGUUUUAUUUUCUCUUCUCAAAAAGAAAAAAAAAAAAAACCACCUUAUCCGAUUCUUCAAGGUACUAGUCUCUCUUCAACCAGGCCGUUCAAAAGUUUUAUAUAUCUCUAUCAAUAGGAGUCGUUUUGUUCGUUGGUUGACAAAGAAAGCACUAGGCUAUAGCUAGUACUACUAUAUAUACUAUUACUCUUCAUUACAACACACAUAUAUAUACAACUACUUCUAACCAUUCCACCCACCCAAAAAAAGAAAGAAAUUAAAAACACUUAUGGAGAACAACAAGAAGCAAAGUGGUAGUCAUGGAUCCUCUUCAUUGGAUCAUCUUUUUGGGCCCAAAGACUCUUCUUCUUCAACUUCUGCCUCAUCUGGCUUGUACUUUGGCUCUAUUUUCCCACCUCCAUCAACGGUGCUUGCAAAAGAGAAGAAGCGGGAUCAUUAUGGAAAUCAAGGUGGAGGUAGCAAGUACGAAAGAUCAGAUAAUGUGGCUCAUCAAAGUAGAAAAGGUGAAAGUAGUGGCGUGACAAGCAAAGAUUCCAGUUCCAUCUAUCAAAAUGAAACAGUUGAGCCCUGUUAUUUCAAUUCAUCCAUCUACUAUGGUGGUCAAGAAAAUUAUUCUCCCAAGACUACUACUAAUACUAGGACCACUACUCAUGAAUCUCAACAUCCCUACAAGAAAGAUGGAUCUGACGAUGACUCAAAUGGAAAUAAUUCCAAUAGUGUUUCUAGAGGAAAUUGGUGGCAGGGGUCUCUUUAUUACUGACACCUAAGGGUAACACGUGACUCACCACCUGUAACUAGCUAGGAAUGGUCUACGUAUAAUACUAAUUAGUACGACGCCACAAUAAUACUGAUGAUGAAGUACUAUAUAUAUAUAGGGACGUAGAACAGCAUAUCGUAGAGCUAAUACAUAUAUAUACAGUAUAUUAUCGAAUAUCGAUCUGUGUAGCGCUUGUAGGAGCGUAUAAAUAUAUAUAUCAUAUAUAAAUGUUUAGGACUCUUUUUGUUCUCUUGACCAAGCUUUCUUACAUUUACAUAUAUAGAUAUGUAUAUGUUAAUAAAUGUUUUGUUCAGCAAAAUAGAUGUAAUAUUCCCUCGACGAGGAAUCGCUUUCCCGCGUGAGAAACUUUCUUAAUUUCUAGGAUUAACAUACUGGCCUUAUUAGUUUUUCAUGUAAUUUUUCGGAAUGUAUGUUACAAGUUUAAAUAUAUAUAUAUAAUGUUGUAGAAA